GCCGGGCCGGGGCCGGUGCGGGGCCGGUCCCGCCAUGGAGGAGCCGGGCUGCGGAGCGCAGUUCCGCGCCGCCGUGCAGGUGAUCCAGGGGCUGCCGCGGAGCGGUGCGUACCGGCCCUCCUACGAGGAGAUGCUGCGCUUCUACAGCUACUACAAGCAGGCGACGGCGGGGUGCUGCCAGGGCCCGCGGCCCGGCUUCUGGGACCCCAUCGGCCGCUACAAGUGGGACGCCUGGCACAGCCUGGGCAGGAUGUCCAAGGAGGAGGCGAUGGCCGCGUACGUGGCGGAGAUGAAGAAGGUGGCCCAGAAGGUCAUUGACACCGUGCCCAUGGACGAGAGCACCGAGGAGAUGUUCCGCUACUUCGAGCCGCUCUACGAGGUGAUCCACGACAUGCCCCGGCCCCCCGAGUCCUUCUUCAAGAAGAAAGGGGAGAGCCAGGGGAGGCUGGAUGGCCCCAGCCAGGAUAUCCCAGCGAGCAGCCCGGCUCCGGAGAGCCCCAGAGACACCGUGCCUGGAGAGCAGCAGGACAGGCAACAAGUGCCAGGAGCAGGGCUGGUUCCUGCCCCCGAGGCACUCAAGGGGAGCCAGGUGACGAGUGACUCUGAGGGGGAUAUGUUCUGUGACACCCUGGAGCAGAUGGAGCCUGAGAAGGCCAGGCAGGUGUGGGGGCUCACCCCAAACAGGGUCCAGGCUGGGGCUGAGCCCCCAGUGCCCCACAGUGCUGGGCAGGGCGAGUGGGGCGAAGGCAGAAGAGCUGAGGGGAGCAGCAGCACCGACCUCACAGCCCUGGGCUCCGAGACAGGUGCGUGCAGAGCUUGUCCCUGCUCCCCUUGCUGCUGCUGUUCGACCUCCCAUAGGCUGGGCUGGGGGGUGGGGGCUGCCACCACCCCCAGGAGACUGAGUUUGGCUCCAGCACCCAUGUCAUCACUAACUGAAGGAAGUUAUAAUUGUCCUGUCUCUGUACCCCUUGGUCCCCAAGCAGUUCAGUGGCUUUACUCCUGCAGGACACAGCCCUUCCUUUGCCCAUUUCUUGCAGUGGUACAAAUUGCCUACAUUUGGAGGGUGCUCUGCUGGCCCUUCAGCAGCCAGGCAGGGAAUGCUGGUGCCUGGCUCCCUGUGCCCAGCUCCUGCCCCUGGUCCAACCACACCAGCAGUGCCUUUGGAUGUGGGUGGUGCCAGGGGUGAGUUCUGCCCAGGAGGGCAGGGAGCAAAGCUGGGCCCUGUGUCCUGGAGGCCUUGGGGACAGCAGUGCCACUCACCUGAUGCCACCCACCACUGCAGCUGCUGUCUGGGGACCACCAUGCCUCGAGCUGUGCCACUGCAGGGAGGAGCCUCUUUCCACCCUCUGCUGUCCCCAGAGAUACUGGGCUGCCCUGAGGUGGCAUUGCCACCCUCAUCCCUGGGACUGGUGCUAUUGCCUCACCUGGGCACAGCCCACGUGUCACCCUUUCCCCUGUUACUGUUCCCUUCCGGGCUGCUUGACCUUGGCAGUGAACUUGUCCCGAGGCCGAUCAGGCUGGGCUGGGCUGUCCCCAGGGGCUGGCAGUGAGUCCCUGCCUGUGUCCCACUCACAGCCUGGAUUAUCCAGGUGUUUUCCGGGCUGGCUGGGGCCUUUGCUGGGCCCGGAGUAGGGCAGGGAGGAGUUGCCCUGGUCCUGGGUGUCCUGCCCAGUGGUGGCACCUUCACCAGGUGUCACAAGGUGACCCAUGCAUACCACAGCACACACCCUGUGGUAGGCUGGCCACCCAAGUGCCACUGGAGGGACACAGUGGUGCAUGGCCCUGGGGACAAACUGGGUGCAGCUGGGCUGGGAGCAGCUGUGGCGUGGGCAGCCCACGGCAGGUGCCCUGUGGGAGUCACUGCUCACCGGUGGGUGACAGCAGGGGAUGGCCAGUGCCAGCCGCCGGGCUCCUGGGGAGUGCUCAGCCUGCCCUGCCACCUGUGUGCCCGUCCCUGUGCCCGCAGAUGUGCGGCUGGCAGAGGAGGACCCCGGGAGCACCCCCGAGCUGGCCCCGGGGCUGGCGGCCGAGCUGGAGGCGCACGUGGCCAGCACGGUGC